GGAAGUGGCAGCCGCAAAAGCCUGUCGGAUUGUCUGCAGUUGGCCGCUGGGCAGCGCGGGGAGCGGCCCGUUUGGGGGCCUCCGGUUGGCAGGAGAUCCAGACUGGUGGAAAGUUUGCUCCUAGAAGGCCAAGAAAGAGAUUUUGCCAGGAGUUGAGCGGCCUUGUUUGGUGAAUGUGCGGCUUGACUUGAUGUCACUUGAAUUGAGUGAGAUUGGCAGGAAUUAGAGAGCGAAUCCUCUUAGUGUUUUCCCUCUAUUCCUUGGACACCCUGCCAAGAGCUCUUUUUGUUGCAUGGCUAUUUUUUUUUUCUUCAUUUAAGAAGGUAGGCUGAUUUUAGAUUGUUGGUGACUGUUGCUGCGUUUACAUCAUGUAUAAAGCAGCUUAAUGUUAAUGUUUGGUUGGGUUUUUAAAUGAUGAUGUUUUAUUAAUGUUUUGUUUUUACAGGAUUAAUAGGUGGGAAAUAGUUGAGUGCGGAUGGAUGGAUGGAUGGAUGGAUGGAUGGAUGGAUGGAUGGAUACACACAUACAUACAUACAUCAAGGAAGUGCUGUGGCCCAGGUUUGAAGGGCAAAAUAGGAUUUGGUGUAUGCAUGAAACACCUGUCAGGAACACUUUAAAGCAGUGUUUCUCAACCUCAGCAACUCCCAGAAUUCCCCAGCCAGUGCGGAUUUGUAACUCUCAGAAUUCCCCAGCCAGCAUGAGGUUGAAAAAUACUGCUUUAAACCAAACAUGUCUUUCGCAAGAUCAGGGAACAGUUGCAUUGGGCAGUCACAGAAAUGCAGGAAAAAAUGCCUCUGCUCUAACUGUUAAACAUUUCACCCUUUGAGUCCAGAUGGCUAGGCCACCCUCGUGUGUGUGUGUGUGUGUGUAUGUAUAUCUUUGCCCAGAAUAGUGGGAUGGAAGCAACUGAAAUAAAUACUGAUGAAAUAAAAGUCUUUCCUCCAACAUUUUAUGCCCCUUAGGUUUUUAGGGGAUCCAAAAUCUCAAGGGGCCGCCGCUGCUUCUCCUGAAGAUCAUGAGAUUCUGCCUGGGAAGGACGCCGCCUGUUCUGACCCGGCCGUUGAUGCCCCACCUGCUUCUGUUGUAAGGCAGGGGCGAGGCUGAAAGGGGGCCCCCGUGACUGGGGUCCAGCUGCUUUUCUGGCUUUGAGAAGGCGGAGGGGGUGGGUGAGCCUGGGCUGCUCUCCCUCCCCUCCCUUCCAGAAGGAACCCAUAGGCCAAAUCUUCUCCUUGCCCUGCAGUUCUCACUGCACUCCUCGCUGGCCGUUGGGCAGGGCCAGCCAGCCAUCCGCCCAGGGCCCCAGGGCCUCACCUCGCUCAUCUCGAGGUGAGACGCCGGCCUCCCUUGCGGAAAACAGCAUGGCCUCGGGAAGAGGAGAAACAGCUGCCCUCCACCUCCAGUUACAGGGGGCUGCCGAGCCGAGCCCACGGCCGACCAUGAAGAUGGAGGUGCAGGAGACGGCCGCGCAAGAGCUGGGGCGGGGAGGGGUCUCGCGUUUCCUUCAAAUCGGGUCCACGCGGGAGUUCUUGUCCGGAGAGGCUCCUCACCAGGUGAAACAGGAGCCGGAUGAAGUUCUUCCGCCACACCACUGGGCGCCCCCCAGGCAGGAGUUUCCUAAGGGGGUGCAGUAUCCUCCGUCGGGGUGGAGAAACCCAGCCCUGACCAAGCCCCUGCCGUGGGACAGUAGCUCUUUCCAGGCCCCGUACGAGGCUCCGGCCAACCCGAGCCCCUGGCCCUCGGGAGGAUGGGUGGGCCAGCCUCUGCCCAGUCUCAGCAGAGAGACUCAGCCGGUCUACGGCGGCCAGGAGCACCGAGAGCGGAGGACCUACGGGGGUCUCAAGGAAGAGGCUCUGAACGAAGGGAUGGCCAACGUGGAGAUCCGUCGCCAGCGCUUCCGGCGGCAUCGCUACCAGGAGGCCGAGGGCCCCCGGGAAGUCUGCCGGCAGCUGCAGGAACUCUGCCAGCAGUGGCUGAGGCCCGAGAGACGCACCAAGGAGCAGAUCCUGGAGCUGGUGAUCCUGGAGCAGUUCUUGACCAUCCUCCCCCAGGAGAUGCAGAGCUGGGUCCGGGAACGCGGGCCGGAGACCUGCACCCAAGCGGUGACCUUUUCAGAAGAUUUCCUGAUGCGACAGAGAGAGACCCAAAGGAAAGAGCAACAGGUGAUGUGGACCUUCGAGGAGGUGGUGGUGAAUCCUCCCCUGCCGCCACCCGUCCAGUAUCCCGCCGUGACGCAGCAAGUCCAUUACCCCACGGUGGCACUGCCAGUGCAGUACCCACCCUUGGCACCACAGGCCCAAUACCCUGCCAUCGGACAACCAGCCCCCCAUCCCAUUGUGGCGGAGCGAGUGCCGGCAGAUGCCGGGCAGAGGGUGAUCUGCAGGAAGUCGGCAGCGGACGAUGGUGCCACCCUCCGACCUUACGGGCCCAUCCAAGAGUUCCGGAGGCCCCUGACCAACGCCGAACGGAUGCGGAACCGGCGGAUGCGGAACCGGAAGCAGCGCCUGGAGACCAGCAUGCAGCUGGUGGAGUCGGCCUCCCGGGCCCCCUCAAUGCUCCUGGAUGCCAUGCGGGGCCUGCACUGCCACGACCUGAAGGCCUUUGACAGGGCCAGGCAGGAAGAAAGGCAACACCGCAAGCAGGAAAGGCGGCAGGACCGAGCCACGGCACAGCUGAUGGUCGACGCCAUUGAACGCUCCCACAGCGACCUGGGGGAGUUCCUGGGAAGGCAGACCUCCACCAUGGCAGCCAUCGCAGAAGUGUUUACGGGCCAGCGGUCUCCUGCCCAGGGGGCCUAUGCCAACUACAGCUCUUACCCGGGGUACGGCCACCCACCCUGGGGUCCCCCAGAGCCCGGAGCUCCGGUACCGUCCAGUCACGCGCCUGGCAUGCCUUCCGAGCCCGUAACUGGCCCAGUCAUUCCAUGCCCAGUGCCUCCGGUGGCCAUGCCUGGUGGCACCGGUGACCCAGUCCUAGAGCCAGCUCCUCCCGAUGGACCAAGCGAGGCUGCUGCGCCAGACUCCCCAAAGCCCUCCACCUCCGAUGCCACUUCCCGUAGUCUUGAUGCGAGGCCCAACAGGGGAACCAAAAGGAAAACGUGGGAAUGAGGACCCAUCGCGUGCUCUGAAAAACCCAGCGGUAGUUUUUAGGCCAAUUUGAUAGCCCGUUCCCACCUGGCGGACCUCCUGUGUCUCCCUACCCCUAGUGUGUUAAGAGAACAGCCCAUCUAUCUAUGCAAGAAGGUGUAAGUCAAAACUCCCGGCCAAGGGGCAGGAUUUGCCACAGGCUUCCAAGUCCACGUGCUUGCAAAUUGUAAAAGAAAGCCACAAAAAGCUUGAUCUGUCGGAGUUGGGGAUGGAUUAGCCAUGCAGCUUUGGGGCAAGUUGUACCUGCCCAUCUGCAAAACGGGAAUAAUCACCCUCCAUUUACAUAGUCACUUAAACAUACAUAGCCACAUAGUCAUUUUACUUCCCAAGUAAUUGAAGGAUGGAGUUGGAAAUGGUAAGCUGUACAAAUGAAGCUGCGUCUGACCAGAAGAGGUACUAUUCAUCUUACUAUUUCUC